UAUCUUAUAUAUUUUUAUUCAUUAUAUUUUAUAGUUUAUAAAUAUUAAAAGUAAUAAAAAAUAUUAUUAAUCUUUCUAUAAUUUCGAGAAUUAGUUUCCAUAAAUUGUUAUUUGUAAUAUUCUUUAGAUUAUAUGGCAAGUGAUGUUAAAUAAUUUUAGACUUACCUUAAAUUUUUAGAUCUAAAUUAAAAAAAUAAAAAUUAAGAACAAUUGACUAAUCCAAUUAUAAUGAUUUCUUGAAACUUCACAUAUGAACGAUACGUCAUCAGAAAUCACUAAAGUGACUUCUCAUUUAAUAUAUAGGGGGAUUUUGUUAAAAGGAUAUCAUUUAAUAUAAUGUAAUUGUUACGGAUAUGUCUUGAUGGUUAGUUCAAUUUGUGUGACUCGAUAGUUGAUAAGCAAUGCCAUAUGUAUGACUAUAAAUUGAAAAGAAGUUAUGACAUAUUUAUUUAUUUUUACCAAUAAUAUCAUGUCAUUAAAGGUGAUUUAUCCUUAACAUCACUUGUACUAUGUAGUUCCAAAAGACACAUAUUUUUUCGUCAAUUUGCGUAAAAAGACAAAUACAUUUCCAAAAGAAAUAGAUUUUGUUUGCCCAACUAAGGAAUCGUUAUUAUUAUACACUUUAUUUGUCAACGAUUUAGAGUAUUCUUGCAUUGACUUGUCAUUGAAUUUAAUGAAAGAAAUAUACUAUAUAAUAUUUUAUUACGUAAUUAGAAUAGAAUCCAUAAGCAGUUGACUAUUGGGUCCCAUAUUUUCCUCCGCUAAAUCUCGCAAAAACCGCGCUCGACGCAUGUGUUCUUCUUCUUCUUCUGCUCCGCACUAAAACGCCACCGUUUUAAACAGUCUCACAUCCAUUUAAAAAAACUGCUCGAAACUCUGUGAAGGAGUUUGGUAAUAAAUCUUUAAGUGAUAUGGAUCUCAGAAGAGCAGGGAGCCGAUCAUCUAACAACAUUGAAUUAAGGUCAACGCCGGCUUCUCCCGCUCACCGUAACCAUCUCGGUGGUGUUGGUGUUGGUGGUUACUCCCCUGCUCAUCGUAACCAGAACGUUGCCACCAAAGCCGCGGCUCAACGGUUGGCCAAAGUCAUGGCCUUACAGCACAAAUAUGAUGAUGAUGAUGAUGAUGACGACGACGAUGAUGAAUUCAAAUUCGCUAAUCCUUCUUCUGCCAUCAACGGUAUCAGUAACGUACCGGCGGUUCCCUUCGCUAGCCGCAAUCGUUCGCCGUCACCUGCGAUAAGCAGAUACCUCAACGAGCAAAACACUUCGGUGCGUUCUUCGUCGACGGGAAGGUCAUCAACGUUUGGUAGAUCUAUAGCUCCGAAUGCAUCUCCGGUUUGGAUGCCACCUAAGGCGUCGUUGAAACCUCCACUUGAUCCUCACUUUAAGGACAGAGAUACCAGAUAUUAUGGUGAUGUACCGUUGGUUAAUUCGAGAGAUAAGGGGUAUCGGCGGGAAGCUUCAGCUCUUCGUGAUGAAGUGGAGAUGCUACAAGAGGAGAAUGAGAAUGUAUUGGACAAGCUUCACUAUGCGGAAGAAAAACGUCAGGCAGCAGAAGCCAGGGCUAGGGAGCUGGAGAAACAGGUUGCUUUUCUUGGAGAAGGAGUGUCUCUGGAGGCCAAACUGAUAAGUAGGAAGGAAGCGGCCUUGCGCCAGAGAGAGGCUGCUCUUAAGGCUGCUAACGAGAAAGAAGAUGAGAAAAAGGAGGAACUUGUUUCCCUCCGUUCAAAAAUUCAGAUACUGAAGGAUGAGGCUGUAAAACCUGCGGAACGGCUACAAGAAGCAGAGUCAGAAGCAAAUGAUCUUCGUACAAUGACUCAACGAACGGUUUUAACAGAAGACGAAAUGGAGGAAGUAGCCUUGAAGAGAUGCUGGCUUGCUCGGUAUUGGGGUUUGGCAGUGCAGCAUGGCAUUUGUGCUGAUAUAGCACCAUCCAGGCACGAGAAGUGGUCAGCUCUGGCUCCUCUUCCAGUUGAGCUGGUCAUAUCUGCAGCACAAAGGGCCAAAGAGUUGUCUGGAGAUCAAGGUGGGAGUGAUCAGACCAAAACUGAAAGAUUUGUAAGUGAGCUAACCGGAGAAGGUAAUAUCGAAAGUAUGCUUUCAGUUGAGAUGGGUUUGAGAGAGCUAGCAUCCUUAAAGGUUGAGGAUGCUGUUAUGCUUGCAGUCUCCCAGAAUAGAACACCGAGUUUUGUCCGUCAAGAAUCCAAAGGGAAUAGAGAACUCAAAUUUGUAGAAGCAUAUGAACUGAAAGAGGAGGAACAAGAAGAUGUUGUCUUUAAGCAGGCAUGGCUGUUGUACUUCUGGGCUAGAGCCAAGUUGCUCGGUGUAGAAGAAGACAUCGCUGAUGAACGUCUCCAGUUUUGGAUCAGCUGUAGCGAAGGAGAAUCUACUACCUCUCACGAUGCCGUCGACGUGGAGCGAGGUAUGUUAGAGCUAAGGAAACUAGGAAUAGAGCAACAACUAUGGGAAGCUUGUCGCAAAGAAACCGAACACCUUCCUCCAUCUUCUUCUCCUACCUCUACUCUCGCAAACCUCGACACUUAAUUUCAUAGAUUAUCAUAAAUUGUAUGGGAGAAAAAAACUUUAACAUUAUUGUAACAUCUUUUUUCUGAAACACCAGAAGAAAGCUAAAAGUCUAA